AUGAGAAGAACAAAUCAAAAAGCAACUCGUGGAAAUCUUUUACUAAAGAUGGCUAAUGAAUUACAAUUAAAAAACGAGAAAUUAACAACCCAUUCAAUUGAAAUUAUCCCUUGUAAGUCAAUAAAAAAAGAACAACUCCAAAUGUGUUUUGAACUUGUCAAAGAAAAUAUGUUUUCUUUGGAUUCAGUUUCUUCGUUAGGAUGGAACGAUCAUGACAAAAUGGAAGAAAUGAAACAAGGAAAUGGGUUUUAUAUUCUUUUUAAAGAAGGAUUUGUUUGUAUUAGGUUUGAGUUAUUUGGGAAUGGAAUUCAGUGUUAUUUGUGGGAAAUUCAAAUAAAGAAAGAAUACAGAAGACAAGGAAUUGGAAAGGAAAUGAUGAAUGUUAUUGAAAUAAUAUCAAAGAAGGCUCAUUGUAGUGAAAUUAGUUUAUUAGUUUUAAAAAGUAAUAUUGAUGGUAAAGCAUUUUAUGAUAAAUUACAUUUUGAAGUAAAACAACAAGACUCAAAAGGUCAAGACUACUGGAUUAUGAGAAAGAAAUUAAAUUAA